CGUUGAAUGCCAAGAAAGAUAGAACGAUAUUUGUGUCAACUUAUGUUACUAAAUGGAAAACAUCUAUUAUCUAGUAUAUUAUUUGAAAUAGAAAAGCAUUAGAAACCCUAGAUAAAAAUGUUUUUCUCCCUAUGCAAUGGACUUUCCUAUUGGAUAUCGGAAAUGUGAACCCCCAUGUUUCUAAACAACACGUGUCUAUAUGUAUUUUUGGAAAAUUCCUGCCGAAAUCAAAACACAUGGAAUAAAUUUGCAAGUCAUAACACAGAUUUAUAUCGACUUUUAUUUUUACAAUAUCAAGUAACACAUACAAUGCUCGCAUUUCUUAAACGCAAGAUUAAAGAAAAGCAGAAGUCCUAUCAAUCUGAAGCUACAGAAGCUACAGAAGCAGAAUCGACUAAAGGUAUGACUAUUAGCAAGAAAUAUCUAGAAGUUUUACGAUCGUCAUUUGAAAUAAGUAAUUUUCGUGGAGUCGACAACCUUUCCAAGAAGAAAAAAAAAGUGAUUAAAGCAUUAGAGAAUAAAAUGCAAAAAUUACACAAUGAUACAGAUUCAAAGAAUACUAAGUUUGAUGACAUUAUAGCUCUUGCUGUAGCUUAUUAUAAUGUAGGUCAAUUAUAUACUGAGUUUACAGAGAAUAACAAGUUACAUACUGCUAUAAAUACUUUUUUAACAUGUUUGAGAUUAUUGGGAGGAAAAGAACUGGACCGUAAAGCUAUAUUGACAUCUGUAGGUGCUUUGAAUGAAUUAAGUUUAGUUACACAUAAAUUACAGAAUGUGGAAAAUGCUUUUUUACACUUGAAUGCAGCACUGGAAUUAUAUAUAAAAUAUACAAAGGAUAAUUAUCUUGAGCCUAUCAAUAUAGCAACUAUUGUUGGUAUUGAACAAAAAGUAUCAGAUUCCAGGAUUAUCUUGGAUAAUCUUCAUAUAACAACCUUACAUGAUAUAGGAACUCAUUAUUAUAUUCAUCCUAAAGAUAAGCAUGAAUUUGUAACAUAUUUACAUAACAUAUUAAAGAAGGAAUUAUCAACAGUACUAAUUAAAGGAAAACAGAUUACACAAUUUGAAUGUCUUGAUUGGGCUUUAACUUUAGUUGAUAUAUCUCGAUAUUUUGUAAUAAACAAUCGUUUCAUUGAAGGUAGAAAUCAUCUUGCUACUGCAGAUUAUAUCAUGUUUAGAUUUUCUGAGGAUGUAUUAAAGUAUAUAAAUAAAGAGAAUUGUUCAGAAUAUCACAAUGUGCGUAUUAGCUAUAAUUAUGUACGUGCUUAUAUUACUAAAUUUUGGGGUAGUUAUGGAACUUCACUUUUACGUUACUGGAUAGAAAGAUUUCAGAAGGAAGAUAAAUCUUGUAAAGUAGAUGAAUCAAAAUCAAAACAAGAAUCUGAGGAAGAAUUAACACAUUUGAUAUAUUGUGAGAAAGAGUUACAACUUUUUAAUCGAAUUACAGAAUUAUGUAUAUUAAAUUUCACUGAUGCCAAAUCGGUUUUUAUAAAAAGUUUGAGAUGUCUUGAUGGAGCAAAGAGAUACUUUUGUCCAGAAAGUGAUAUUCAAAGCUAUGUAUUAAUAUCACUUGAUAUUUCUAGAGCAUAUAAAUAUUUAGCUAGUUUUGAACAAGAAAGAAAGAAACAGAUAAAGCUACAUAAACGGCGAAUAGAGAAUUUAGAGGAUAUUUCUGAGAAAUUACAUUUAGCAACUGAUGAGAAUGGAAAUUUAAACAUGCAGAGACAAGUUUGGUUUGAAUUGACGACUUCCUGUUCCACAGUAAUGGAUUUAUUAGCGGAGGAUACGUAUGGCAUUGUACCAAGUGAAGACAUAAAAAAAGAAUUUGAACGAUAUGCACAAAUCAGCAGAACAAGUAUUGACCUAUACGUAAAUACAAGAUAAAUCUCUAUGACGAAAA